AUUGUCUAAAUUGUGUAUUGUCAUUGCGGCAGCGGCGACUUGGAAAUCAUAUUUUUUUUUGUUUUGCUGCGCAUUGAAAUCGAUUAUCUUAUUCUCAUAUAACAAAAACGCAUAAAAAUGCAAAUCGAACAGUUCAGAAAUAUACCAAAGUCUGGCUUUAAUUUUGAUAACUGCAAAAGAAACGCAGACCUCAUUAGAGGAGGGUUCCAACCUCCCAAGACCGUUAAGACAGGCACUACUAUCGUUGGGAUUAUUUUUAAGGAUGGCGUUAUAUUAGGUGCGGAUACCCGUGCUACCGAAGGACCUAUUGUUUCAGAUAAAAAUUGUGCUAAAAUCCAUUAUUUAGCCAAGAACAUGUAUUGUUGUGGAGCAGGUACAGCUGCCGAUACGGAAAUGACAACUGACAUGAUAGCUUCUCAACUUGAAUUACAUCGUCUUAACACUGGUCGUCAAGUACCCGUUGUUGCCGCUAAUACAUUGUUGAAACAAAUGCUUUUCCGCUAUCAGGGACAUAUCAGUGCCGCACUAGUUUUGGGUGGUGUUGACAAAACAGGAGCCUAUAUAUAUUCCAUUCAUCCCCAUGGUUCAACGGACAAGUUACCAUAUGCAACCAUGGGGUCGGGAAGUUUGGCGGCCAUGUCUGUUUUUGAAGCCCGUUGGAAACCCGACAUGUCAGAAGAGGAUGGGAAAAAACUUGUGCGUGACGCUAUUGCCGCAGGUGUAUUUAACGACUUGGGCUCAGGUUCUAAUAUUGAUUUGUGUGUAAUACGCAAAGACUCCACCGAAUACCUUAGAAAUUAUGAAUUGGCUAAUAAGAAGGGAAAACGACAGCUUGACUAUUCCUUCAAACCUGGCACAACGGCUGUAUUGGAAACAACAACUAAAAACUUAGAAAUAACUGAAGAAGUUAUCUUGAUGCCGAUGGAAACAGCCUAAUUAAAGCACCAAGAAAUAAAGUAAUUUAAUUACAUGAAGGUGACUUAUAAAUUCGUUUUUGUUUUUAACAAAUACGAGAAUUAAAUAAAAUAUCCAAGGUGUAUUGUGGUACAAGAUGAAAAAUAAAUAUAAAUGAAAGAUUUA